GAGGAAUAAAUGGUUAAGUGGGAAACACAAAAAGUGGUUUUACAUAUAGUUUAGUAAGAAGAAAGUGAUACACAGAGUAAAUGGCGGAAAUUAGUUUGAAAAAGAUAUAAAAAGAAACAAGAAAAAGUCAUCAAUCAGUGCACAGUGCAGUUUGUUAAUGGCUGCUCUUCUUCUCCACUCAGCCCUAAUCCUCUGCUUCUUCUCAAACCUAAUGCACGCCCAAGUUGCCGAAUGGAAGUCAGCCACUGCAACCUACUCCACAGACUCCAAUGACUCCAUGCUUACAGAAGGUGCUUGUGGUUAUGGAGACCUUCACAAAAGCUAUGGCAAGUACACCACAGGACUCAGUGGGAUGUUGUUCGACAGAGGGAGCAGCUGCGGUGCGUGCUUUGAGAUCAGAAGCGCUCAACUCCCACAAGCCACUCCUCCCAUCCUUGUCACCGCUACUGAUUUCUGCCCGCCUAACUACGCCUUACCUGCCGAUCAUGGAGGCUGGUGCAACUUUCCCAGAGCCCACUUUCACUUGCCUGAGGCUACUUUCUCUCUCAUUUCCCACCUCAAGCCCCAACUACUUUCAAUCCAGUACAGAAGGGCCACAUGCCAAAGACAAGGUGGAAUUCGCUUCACUGUCAAGGGCAGUGCUAUCUUCAUGCAAGUCCUGGUCAGCAAUGUUGGGUUGGAUGGACAGGUUGUUGCAGUCAAAGUGAAGGGAUCGAGGACUGGAUGGAUUCCGAUGGGAAGGGACUGGGGGCAGAACUGGCAGACCAACAUCGACCUGGUUGGCCAACCCUUAUCCUUCGAGGUCACCACAGCUGCUUGGCAAACGCUAACAUCUUACAGUGUCGCGCCACCAAACUGGAUGUUCGGCCAGACAUUCACAGGAAAACAAUUUCAGCACGCGUGAUCUCAAGUUUCGCAAAAGUAGGCAUGGCUUCGCUCACUGAAACAGUGUAAAACCACCAGACGUGCAGCAUUACCAACUAAAUGUAGGCUGGGUUGAUGAGAAAAUUAGAAAGACUUCGAAAGUUUUUGCUUCAAUCUCUGAUUUGGAUGGUUGCUAUUGCUCUGAUACAUUCAAACUCGUACAUUAAUGUGAAAAUAGUAUCCCAAAUGCUCAUUAGCUAA